AUGGCUCCCAUCAGCAUCCUCCUCGUCUCCGCUUUCGCGCUCGCCGCCUUCGCCGCGCCUACACCUAUCGACACCACGAACCCAACCCCCGCCGCUGCUCCCCGCGCGCUCGCGCUCGCCGCCGCAGUGCCCAUGUCGAACGCCCAACGCCUCGCACGUGGCCUCCCUCCCAACCCGCCCGUCCUGCGCCGUCGCGCGCCCGGCGCGGCGGCGCCCUCCGCGGACGCCCACGCCGACUCGGACCCACACGACCUCUACCCUCGCGCGUAUGAAGACGGCGACGACCCGUCGUACUACGCGCCCCCGGACUCGCCCUCGCGCACACGCCCGACGACGUACGCGGCCAAGUCGACGCCCAGCAGGACGUACACGUACGCGCCCGGGCGCCCGUCGGGCACGUACACUGCGAGCACGACGUACUACGCCCGCGCCGCGCCGCCGGACCCUGAAUCGACCGGGGGCCUGAACGAGCUCGUCGACGUCGACGUCGGAGCCAAGCGCGUGCACGCGCGGUGGGUCCCCGAGAAGCGUUCCGGGGCAGCGCGGGCGGAGCCGAGCGCGUACAUGAAGGACGGGUGCGGGCCGAAGAAGGGCGUGCUCGCGGCGGCGGUCGAGGGGCGGGAGGCGGGGUACGUGGCGCGCGCGGGGAACGCGUAUGGUGAGUACGGGUUCACGACGGACGUGGCGGACGCGCUCGUCGUGCUCGUGUCCGACUGCGUGCAGGAUGAGUACUUUGACAUCGCUGCGCUGAACGGGUACAAGGACUUCCCGUACCUCGGUGCCGUUACGGGCUACCUCAACUCAGACUAUGGCAUGGAGAAGGGCUCGCCCGACUUCGUCUACCUCGUCGGCACUGACAAAGCGCCGUACGGCCCCGCCGAAGACGGUCCCUCCUCGUACAAGGCGGCCGUGUACGCGCAGGACGCGGCGACCGAGUCGCACAUCUGGUCCUUCGCGCCCUACUCCAAGAGCAAGCUCGCGCCGUCGUGGGUGAACCCCGACGGGUACUAUGUCGCACCGACGGUGGUGUUCGUCGAGGCAUCGCAGGCGUUUGCGCUCGUUGGCGAUGUCGCCGUGUUCGCGGCCAAGUACGGGGCCGCGUACGUCGCGCUGAUGACCCUGGGGCGCGUUUAG